UAGUUCUUGCCUUGAUGUCUUAAGAGACAGCUGCGCUACCAUCCGCUUCGCUAUUUCCCCCAACUCUGAGAACUGCACGCUGUUAAGUAGGCUAGGCUAAACACCGAGUCUCCCAUCAGCAUAUAGGCUCUCCAACAAAUCAGUUCAAGUCUUCAGGACUAAGGAAGCAUUCGAUCAUACAGUAGCUAUAUACAGCUCACUCGGGAUGGCUGUUCGUGCGCUCCUUUGUACCAGAGAACAUCUUUUCGUGUACUAAGUAAAAAGAGUCGGCGAAAUUGACAAGUUUGUCCGUUUCUGGAGUUGAGACAAGAUUUUUCUUUUUUUGCCUAAUUUUCCCAUUUCGUUUUUCUUAUCGCAUUGACUGCUGACGGAUUGCCUCCGCGCAAUGUCAAGAAUUGGAUUACACCCGAAAAUACUGCUGUUGCAAUGUCUUCUCUCGACUUUUGUGUUUCAUACGCUUGCAUAUACGGAGGAGCCUACAGAUAAAGCGGCGAAGUCGGAUGGGUAUUGCAGCAGCAUUUUAAGGGCUCAGGGCACAAGAAGGGAAGGCUAUAACGAGUUUAGACUCAGGGUGGAGGGGGAUCCGGAAUUUUACCAACCUGGAAGCACCUACAGAGUGACUUUGUACACAUCCAGCCCUUCUCAUUUUAGAGGCUUUACGCUAAUUGCCUUGAAGGAGGGAAAGGGUGGUGAAAGAGAUGAAGAUUAUGCCGGAAGUUUUCAGAUCAUAGAUGCAGAGGACACACAGUUUAUGACCAACUGCCCUCCAGCAGUGACUCAGAGUACUCUAAGGAGAAGGACAAGGAUACAAGUGUUUUGGACAGCACCCCCUUCUGGCAGUGGCUGUGUCAUUCUCAAGGCAAGCAUUGUGCAGAAGAGAAUCAUUUAUUUCCAGGAUGAAGGCUCCCUCACUUACAAGAUGUGUGAGAAAGACCUGUUGUUCUCGGAGGCAACACAGAGACCCCAGUCGGAGUGCUGUGCCUGUGGGACAGCCAAGUAUAGAGUCACAUUCUUUGGGAACUGGUCAGAGAAGGUCCACCCGAAAGACUACCCCAGGCGUGCCAAUCAUUGGUCCGCCAUCAUUGGAGCGUCCCACUCGAAGGACUACAUACCUUGGGAGUACGGGGGCUAUGCCAGCGAGGGGGUGAAGCAGGUGGCUGAGCUGGGAUCUCCUGUUAAAAUGGAGGAGGAGAUUCGCCAGAAGGGUGACGACGUCCUGACGGUGAUCAAAGCGAAGGCUCAGUGGCCUGCAUGGCAGCCCUUGAACGUGCGGUCAGCCCCCUCAGCGGAGUUCUCAGUGGACCGGACGCGCCACUUCAUGUCCUUCCUCACCAUGCUGGGCCCCAGCCCCGACUGGAACGUGGGCCUCUCAGCCGAGGACCUCUGCACCAAAGAGUGCGGGUGGGUCCAGAACCUGGUGCAGGACCUGAUCCCCUGGGAUGCUGGCACUGACAGUGGGGUCACCUAUGAGUCUCCCAACAAGCCCACAAUUCCCCAGGAGAGGAUCCGGCCCCUCACCAGCCUGGACCACCCCCAGAGCCCUUUCUAUGACCCCGAAGGUGGCCCCGUCACAGCUAUUGCGAGGGUGGUGGUGGAGAGGAUUGCCAGAAAGGGAGAGCAGUGCAAUAUCGUCCCCGAUAACGUGGAUGAUAUUGUGGCAGAUAUUGGCCUGGAGGAGAAGGAGAAAGAUGACACGCCAGAGACCUGUAUCUACUCCAAUUGGUCCCCUUGGUCGGCCUGUAGCUCUGCCACCUGUGACAAGGGCAAGCGCAUGAGGCAGAGGAUGCUGAAGGCCCAGCUGGACCUCACCGUACCCUGCCCACACACACAGGACUUCCAGCCCUGCAUGGGGCCUGGCUGCAGUGAAGAAGAGUCCUCCACCUGCAUGAUGUCAGAGUGGAUCAGCUGGUCGCCCUGCAGCGUGUCCUGUGGGAUGGGCAUGAGGUCCCGGGAGAGGUAUAUCAAGCAGUUCCCAGAAGACGGCUCCAUCUGCUCCCUCCCUACCGAGGAGACCGAGAAAUGCAUCGUCAACGAAGACUGCUCCCCCAGCAGCUGCCUGGUAACUGAGUGGGGCGAGUGGGAUGCCUGCAGCGCCACCUGUGGGCUGGGCAUGAAGAGGCGGGAGCGCAUGGUGAAGAUGCCCCCGUCGGACGGCUCCCUUUGCAAUGUGGAGGUGGUGGAGGUGGAAAAGUGCAUGAUGCCAGAGUGUCCCACAGACUGCAUGGUGUCAGAGUGGUCCGAGUGGUCCGAGUGCAACAAGUCUUGCGGGAAGGGCCACAUGAUCCGGACGCGGAUGAUCAAGUUGGAGCCACAGUUCGGGGGCGCCGCGUGCCCCGUCACGGUGCAGAGGAGGAAGUGCAAGCUCCGAAAGUGCGCGCGAGGACCCAAGGAGCCCCGGGAGAAACGGAGGAGCAAACAGAACCAGGACCAGACUGCCGAGGAGCACCCCGGGUGUAAGAUGCGCCCGUGGUCGGACUGGACGGACUGCUCCAAGCUGUGCGGCGGGGGGGUCCAGGAGCGCUGGAUGACGGUGAAGAAGAGGCCGAAGGGCCCGCAGGCGUCCAACUGCAAGGACAGGAAGGAGAUCCGCGCCUGCAAUGUGCACCCUUGCUAGUGGCAUGUUACGGG